AUUUGCGCCAUUUCUAUUAUGGCCAGUAAGACAAAUCGUUCCAGAGAAAAAUUAAUAUUAUUUGAAAACAAAAGAGACAUGCUAUUGGAAUGACAUGGAAGUACAAGUUCAUCUUAUUGUCAGUGAUCAGAAAUGAGAUCACAUGAAAAUUACGGAAAGCAUCGGUUACGUUCGUUCGACAUUCGUAAACUUUCGUUUUCAUUCGGGGUAAAUCGGGGACAAUCGGCUUGGCGGGUAGUUUUGCGGUCGCGUGGCUUCGUUCGGCUUUCAGUUUAUAAAUACCGUUCCGUGAAGUAACAUCGUGACGUGUGAAUUGAAUUUCAAACUUUUUUUUUGUGCUUCUUGAACAAUAAGUGAUACAAUCAGUGAAUAGUUUUAAAUAUAUACAACCAUACGACAUCGUAGAAUACAGUAAAACAUGAUUUAACUAUGUUUUUGGCAGUCAAAUAUUUUUUAAGGGGCGAGAGUGUGGCAACGCAUCGACGUGGUGGCGUGUAAAAACGGCGGCAAGGAAAGCAUGCGAAGAAAAGAGGGCGGAGGAAGAUUUGUGGUCGCGAGGGAAAGGAAGGGCUCCCAAGGAAUCGCGUUAGGGGAAGGGAGAUCGUCGAAAAUUGUCGAUGCAGUUGGUCGUAGCGUGUGAGAGGCGGCCACGAUGGAAAACGGGGUGGUGAACGGUGGACAAGUGGAUCCUGCUUCUCAAGUGUCGUUGUUAAGAAGUUAAUCGCAGCCAUGUCGAACGAGACAAAUGCCACGGACGAUUUUCUCGAUUACGAUAUCAACGACUCGUUGAGCCACUUCGAUUGGGCGGAAUUGGGGCCUGUCCUCGUCGUCUACUCCCUCACGUUUUUCCUCGGAUUAAUCGGAAACGUCGUCAUCAUUGGUUCAACGCUGUGCCCCAGACUGAGACCUUUACCAGCGACACCGACCAACGUCUUUCUAGGUGGUUUGGCAACUGCCGAUCUCUUGCUUAUACUCUUUUGCAUUCCCGUGAAGGUGGCGAAGCUGUUCUCAUACACGUGGACUAUGGGCCUGUUUCUAUGCAAGUCGGUGCACUAUAUGCAGAGCGUCUCGGCUAUUUGCUCGGUCGUCACGUUAACCGCAAUGUCGAUCGAAAGAUAUUACGCCAUAGUUCAUCCUAUGCGGGCCCAAUACACGUGCACGAUAAGCCAGGCUCGCAAAAUAGUAAUUACAACUUGGGUGGCGUCCUUCCUUCUUGGUAUACCAAUGAUCUUCACACAGACACACAAGGAAGUCGGAUUGAGGGUGAUCGCUUACUGGUGCGUUCGUGAUUCGGAAGGUGGACUUUUAUGGCGCGCCCACGAGGUUUAUAUGCUGGUGCUGGUCCUGGUGUUGCCCCUAGCCGUGAUGGCGUAUUGUUACACGGCCAUUUGCUGGGAGAUUUGGCGGGUCAUGAAGCGCCGAUACCACAUGACAUCACGCCGCGUACUGAAUCCAAGUAACGUGGACGCAGAAUCCAUACCCAUGACACAGAGGAAUAGCGUGCGAAACAAUAAUCGUCGUUCUCAACGAGAGGACAAUCAAACGGAAGAAGAAUCUCGUACGAUAAGACAGGUGGUGAAGAUGUUGGUGGCCGUGGUGGUGUUGUUCGUCAUUUGCUGGGGUCCAAUUCUCGUGGAUAACAUGCUAACAGCUUAUGGAUACCUGCCACACGUAAAAGCUGGCACGUACAAGCAUCUUAACACCGCUUUUCAGCUGAUGGCUUAUUUUAACAGUUGCAUAAAUCCAAUCGUUUACGGAUUUAUGUCGAAACACUUCAGGGAGAGUUUUCUGGCCGCUGCCUGCGGCAGCUGGUGGAUCUGUUGCCCCCGAAGAGGGUACAGGGCGCCGGUGAAGAGGCAUCCGAGCUUAAGUCAGACAAGGACGACCAGUAUAAGAUGGACUUGAUUAUUUCGUCAUGCCCGGCCCUUGGCACUUGUUUCGCAGGUAAAAAACUGGUCGGCCAUUGAACUAUGCCGGAAGAGGCUAGAAAGAGGAAGAAACCGUUCCUAAUGAGAAAGACGAUGCUACUUCGAGUUUAUCGUUUGUUGUUGAGUAAUCAAUGUGAAUUUCGAAACGAUUUUUCAUCAUUUUUUCGCCGAACGUAGUAUUCCUCGAGCUGAUGUAAAUGCUGAAAACUCGUAUUUGAAGGUAUAUGUAGAUAGGAUUUUCUUUUUUAAUUAUGAACAACUGGAAUAUGGAAUCUGGAAUAUUGCGGUGAAAGAAGGAAACUUUCAAAAUCUAACAUAAUUCGAUAUUUAAAAAUUAUUUACGACUCGGGCAAAAUCUUUUUUAAUCGUCGAUAUUUUUAAGAGGUCGCGAAAAAGGGGAGAAACAUUAUGAAGCUUGAGUAGGAUAAACGCUUUCUCAAAUCUCUGAUUAAUUGUAAAGCAAUAUAGUCUAUGUGUCUAUUUAUUUGUACAUACGUAAAUGUAUAUAUAAUUUUCAUAAAACUGCAUGCAAAUCAAGCAAAUGGAAGAAGGAAGAAUAGAUAAAAAGAAUAGAUAGAAACGCAUUGUACAAAGGCAAGGAAAAGGACGAAAUGUCGGUGUCGAAUCACGCAAUUGUGAGCUUACAUCGAUAUAUAUCAUAUACCUAUAUAUAUAUACUCGCUCAAGUUAUUAGCUAUCAAUCGGAAAUCUUGGCCGAUUUUCGAACAAUGGGAAAAAGAAUCGCUCUAAUCAAUCGUGAAACAACGUAAGUUCUUUACAUACUUAUCAAUUCACGGUUGAUCCCCAAAAAUUGUAUUAUAAUUUUUAUCGCGCGUUAAGGCGAAUUCUCAAAUUUAUACUAUAUAAUAUAUAUAUAUAUUUAUAUGCCAAGGUCGAGCAUAAAUAUUUUUUUUAAAAAGGAGAAACUUUUGAAAUUAUGCUUCUUGUGUCAGAAGAAGAGAAUCUUAAAAUUUAAUCUAAGAAAGUUCCUCUCUCUUGUCAAUAUUAAGAAAUGAAAUUUGUUUUGAUAUUUUACAAAGGUAUUCGUGUAGAUCACGUUAAUAAAUCCUCUUCCAUUGGAGUUUUCCAUUGAAUGUAAAAAUUGAAUUGAAUUAAAUUAAUUAAAGAGAGGAACAAUAAUGGGACGAGCUUAACGACUUAUCGACACGACUUCCACUCGAAUUAAUUAUGAAUUUGUUCAAAUUUCUACGAUCAGGAUGUGUAAUAAUACGGAAGGGUAUGUGUGUGUGUGUGUGUGUGUGUAUGUAUGUACGUAUGUAAAUAUAAGCGACAAGUUCUGGCGAAUUCGUUUCGCGACAUCAUGCUACUUUAUACUUUCUCCUUUCCCCAAUUUCCAUGAAUUAAUUUUGUAAAUUUAUGCGCCGGCCUGACGUAUGAUAAUUUACAAAUAGGAUAUGUAUAUAUUUAAAUGGUGUCUCCUCCGUAUUUAAUUUUAUGAAAGCAUUUCCACGGAAUUGUAACGAUUUUUUACGCGUGCGUUUCCAUGUAAAUAUUGGAAUAAAUUGUCGAAAGAUA